AUGGACGACAAUUUGGCCGCUGAGAUUGCCAGAAUAGAGGCAGAGCUUGAGGCAGACCGCCAGUUUCGCGAGCUACAGCAGAAGCAGCAGCAGCAACAACAAGCACAACAGCCGUUUGGCUCCAUGGAUGCUGCGAGCGUCUUUGACAGGGCAUCCCCUGCGGAACACAAUUCGCACCCCUCACAGCGGCCGCGGGCGUUUGCCCAGGGCGGCGACCCCGCAGCGCUGGCGCAGCAGCAACAGCAGCAGUUUGUUGGGCAAUCCGCAAUGGCUCCAACGUCGGGGCAACCGCACCAGUUCUCGAAAGAUAGCGAUGGCCGCUCCGUGUUUGUGGGGAACCUGCCGAAGGGUGAUAAUGCUGGUCCGACCACCACGCCGGAGGAGUUGGCGCAGUUCUUCGCUGACUGUGGACAAAUACUGAACUGCACUGUCCUGCGGGACCGCGCGACGGGCGAGCUUAAGGGUACGGCAUACCUGGAGUUUGCCACCUACACUGCAAUGGGGAAGGCUAUUGACACAAAGAAUAACGCCAGCUUCAAGGGAAGCACCAUUAUUGUAUGUUGA